AUCUUGAAGAAACUGUGACGUCAGACAUUGUAGAGAGAAUUUUGCAUCGGGAUUUUGCUCUCUGUUGACGUGGCGUGUCUCUCUCUUAUGAGGCAAAUGGAGGAAAGUAAAACAAUGGCAUAAUCACUAAACAAAACAUCGUCGGUUUCUUUUCAGUAAAUAAAAUGACAGGAAGGAGCCACCACAACAGUUUCCAGUUUACAACGACAGUGCAGCCACCCACUGGUGGUUACAUGUACACUUUUGGGAACAACUCGGAGACUGAAUAUUCAGAGGAGGAUGGUGAGACGUUUGAACUUCGUUCCAGGGGCAAGGAGCGGCAUCGCAAGAGCACAUCUAUGGAUCGAAAGGAUGAUAUUGUGUACUUGAUAAGGGACAUUAAAGAGGGAGAUACUCUUAUCAGCAUUUCUCUGCAGUAUUUCUGCACGGUUGCAGAUAUAAAGCGGGCCAAUAAUCUUCUAACCGAGCAGGAUUUCUUUGCCUUGCGGUCUAUAAGGAUCCCUGUAAAAAAGUUCAGCUCUUUUACAGAAACCCACAAUACCACUUCUCACAAAACCAGCUCACCUAAUGGCACUCGUAGAAUCACAAAGAUCCCAAUUUCUGGAGCUUCCUUGGACUCUUCAUCAUCUUCCUCAUCAGCUGAUAGCGUGGAGUGCUUCCUGCAGGAGAAGGAUAAGGACAUUGAACUAGUCAAGUCCUCUGCCACAUCCAGGAGCAACCUGAGUGAGGUAGUCUCUUCGCUGGAGCAGCCUCUUUUGGGUGACCCUGAUCGCAGACCAUUUCAAAAGAAAGACCCAUACUAUGGAGCCGACUGGGGAAUGAGGUGGUGGACUGCAGUGGCUAUCAUGUUGGUCGUGGGCAUUGUUACACCUGUUUUUUACCUGCUGUACUAUGAGGUCCUCAUGAAAGCAGAUGUUAGCCACCACACUACAAUAGACUCUGUUAGACCUGGACCAACACAACCAGCUGUGGCUGAGCCACUUGUUUUACCACAGGCCAGUGCUGGCUCUUACCAUGACUCUCACGUACAGCCUGUUAGGAAGCAUGAUGUAGAAACAUGAAUAGUACCAGGGAAUCAUUUUGAAGUUAUAAGCAAAACUACAUUUAAAGGUGACAUUGAACUUCAAUACCAUUGAGGAUUGAUUAAUCCAAAAAUAAUUCCUCAUGUUUUGAAAUUUUCCUUGAUACAUUUUGCACAAUUGAAAACUGGUUUUGUUGGGUAGGUCACUCAUGAGCCAGUGUUUAGUUAUGUACCUUCAGUAAGCGUAGUUUGCCUGGCACUGUCUGGUUGUCAGGUAAAUAAAGAAUAAUUUAUUUUUAAGAAAUGUAUCCAAAAUCAGUAUUGCAAAUUAUGGUAAUAAUGUUGCUGAUUUUAAUUUUAAAUUUUGCUUGGAUAAAACAGAACAGAAACGUAAUGGAGGAAUGAUUAUGUUUACCAAGAAUACAAUAAUACUUUGUGAAAAGUUCUCAGACAUGUGCUCACAUUGAGUGAGCAGAGGUUGAAACAGCAGAGGUUUAAACAUUUUAUUGAAACGAUUUUGAACAUGUGCCUUCAUCCUGUAUUCUGUAGAUGCAGGUUGAAAAUAAAGGAACUAUAUUUUAGUA